UUCCUGCAGUGAGCUGCAGUUCUGUCCUUGCCUCGUUCCUGUUCCUGAGGGAAGGCCCCCUCAUGCCUCGCUGAUGGAGGAGCGGGACCAGCACUGCCCAGGCCUGCCAGCUUGCUGAGCGCCAGGAGCCCAAGCAAGAGCUCAUCAUGCCAAUCAAACCUGUUGGAUGGAUAUGUGGGCAGGUGUUGAAGAACUUUUCUGGAAGAAGUAUAUUUGAGGGGAUCCAGAAAGCAAUCAUGGACCUCAUAGAUGAGUUUAAAGAUGAAUUUCCUGCCAUCCUAAGAUUAUCACAGUCUAAUCAGAAAAGAGAAACCACACAGAAAACAUCCAGAAUUCGAAUGGCUAUCGCUUUAGCCAAGGUGAAUCGGGGAACGUUACUUCAAGGAUUAAACAGCAUAUCCAGGUCCUCCAAGUCCGUGGCCAAACUCCUGCAGCCUCAGCUUGUCUGCAGACUUUUAGAGCUAAGGGACUUAUCUCGUCGUCUGCUGAGAGAAGUUAACGCACCGACGCAGCCCCUGUAUAACAUGCAGGUCAGAAAGGGGUCUUUGUUCGAAAUAAUUUCCUUUCCAGCAAAGACUGCUUUAGCUAGCAUCAUAUAUGCUUCGUAUGCAGCACUGAUAUAUUUGGCGGUCUGUGUCAAUGCCGUGCUGGAAAAGGUAAAGAACAUUUUCCAAGAAGAAGAAUCCAUAAGGCAAAACAGGGAGAGGGAACAUUUUAGAAAAGUCUUUUCUGAGCCUGUACUUUCAAAGCCUGUAUUUUCUGAAGGUGAAAUCGAAGCAAAACCUUACAGGUCACUGCCGGAGAAGCCAGACAAGAUUUCGGAUCGCCCCAAGCUUCUUGCCAAUAAGCAGAAUAAGAUCCAGGUUCUACAUUCUGUGUUUGACCAGCCAACUGAGAUGAACGCAUGAGCAAGUCUGAACACAGAUAUCGGUGAACAGCGCGCCACAGUUACCUGCCUAAUGGCACCUCUCAUUUGAAACAAUGAGAACUAGUGUAUAUAUAGUGAGUGCUUCGCCGAAAAAACAGGUGGAGGGCCUCCUACUCAAAUGCCAUUCUCUGGUAUUUGCAUGGUAGAGGAAAUAAAAUGAAUCUGGAUCUAU